AUGGAUCGUCGCGAAGCCUGGAAGCAGACCGUGAGAGAAUUGUGUUUCGGCAAUGACUCUUCCGAUGAGGAAGAUAAUUUGUUCCUUGCGACUGUGACCACCUUCCAUGAGUCGUCGGCAACACAGCGCGGAGCUUGGGGUGGUUCAGUACCGGGACGUCGCCGUAUCCAGCGGAAUCGGCUGGAGGGCCAUCAAAGGUUGUUCAACGACUACUUCGCCGAUCCCCCCGUGUACCCCGAUUACAUCUUCCGCCGCAGGUUUAGGAUGAAACGUGACCUGUACCUCAAGAUUGUGAAGGCAGUUGCGGACCAUGACCCGUGGUUCCAACAGAGGAGGAACGCGGCAGGGGAGCUCAGGCUGUCGGCGUUGCAAAAAGUCACUGUGGCAUUUCGUAUGCUAUCAUACGAUGCUCCUGCGGAUUCUCUAGAUGAGUACCUCCAGCUAGGGGAGGCCACCAUCAUUGAGAGCAUGAGGUGGUUUGUUUGGGCCAUCGUCGGGGUGUUUGGCGAUGAGUACCUCCAUUCUCUGAACGAGGAGGACACCACUCGCUUGAUUGCUAUAAACGAGCGAAGAGGGUUCCCCGGGAUGCUGGGAAGCAUCGACUGUUCGCUGAACGACAUCAACGUUCUGCACCGCUCACAUCUCCUCGACAACCUUGCCGCUGGUGUGGCACCCCAGGUACAAUACUCCAUCAAUGGACACCAGUACACCAUGGGGUACUACCUUGCAGAUGGUAUCUAUCCGGAAUGGGCCACCUUCAUGAAGCCCAUAUCUUGUCCGCUUGGGAGGAAGCGGCAACACUUCGUCAUUCAGCAGGCGGCGGUACGAAAGGAUGUGGAACGCGCCUUCGGGGUCCUACAGUCUCGGUUUCCUAUAGUCCGGGGGGCUACAAGGAUAUAG